GGUCUUGAAACUGUGAUUGAAAAUCUCCCUAUUGGUUUUGUAUGUUUAGUUUUUAGAAAAAUCAAAUGCAAUGUGACUUUUGACCUGACCGACAGAAAUAAAUACUUACUCUUUAUUAGUCAUUUCAUUGGAAAUAAUAAAAGCGGACAAGAUCAUAGUCUAGUUGAUAAAGAAAGUUAGACGUGGAGAGUCAUACUAUAAGCCUGUUAGUGUUUGGGUGUUGUAUUUGGAACAGUUCGCUACAUUCUGAUUAAUUUUGUUUUUACUAAUUGGGGAAAAUUAUGCAGCAGAACAACAGUUUGGAAUGGCAAAAUCUUUGCUACUCAGUUCCUAGAAAAGGCAGAGGUCUUUCCAGCAGUUUUUGGAAGAAACCUAAAGAAGUCGUAACAAUUCUUCGAAAUGUAUCUGGUUCAGUUCAUUCUGGAAGCUUAGUAGCAAUUUUAGGACCGAGUGGCUCUGGGAAAACAACAUUACUUGCGGCGAUUUCACAACGUUUAAGGGGAAACGUUACUGGCAAAAUAUAUUUGAAUGGAAUUCUUGCAGACCGAUGGACUCUGGCGCAUAAAACUUCUUAUUUACCCCAAUAUGAUAUCAGCGUCCAAAAUCUUACUAGUGUGGAGCAGUUGCUUUUCAUGUGCCAUUUUAAGAUGGGCAAAAAUAUUUCCACAGUUGAAAAGAGACAAAUAGUGAACGCUCUACUUACGAAGAUGGGACUAGACGAAAGAUCGACUACCAUCGUUGCAAAGCUUUCGAGUGGAGAAAGGAGACGCUUAGGACUUGCAGAGGAGCUUAUCCUGAAUCCACUCUUUAUAUUUUGUGAUGAGCCUACAACUGGACUGGAUAGUUUUAAUGCUCUUUCCGUCAUAAAGUCUUUACGCAGUUUAUCAGAGAGUAAGGACGAAUUCAUCAGCAUCGGUACGAAAAUUAGAACAUUUACUGAGCAUAAGCAAUUGAAAACAUCACCAACUAUGAGGAAUAAUUUCCAAAAGGGGGUAAUUUGUUCUAUACAUCAACCAUCCUCGGACAUCUUCGAACUUUUCACACAUAUUAUACUUUUGGAUAAUGGCAGAAUUAUAUAUCAAGGUAGUUCAAAUGCAACUUCAUUUUUUUCUCAAUUGGGCAUUUGUUACAAGCAAAGUUGUAAUCCUGCAGACCUUUGUAUAAAAUUGAUUAUGAAUGAAGAAAUGAUAACUAAAUUACGGAGCUUAAUCUCAAAUAACCAGAAAUCGAAGCCGAGCCAACAGAACGGAAACCUUUAUCAAGCUCAUUCGGCGUCCUCUAUCAUCAGAAGCAGAUCCCAGAAGCAAAUAUCGUGGAUAUCUCAAGUUUAUUAUUUACUGUACAGAUCCACGAAAAAUGUGCGAGCUGCCUUCUACAAUGAUUUUUGGAAAACUGUGUUUUUGCUGAUUACAGCAGCUACAAUCGGUGUUAUCUACAUGGACAUAAAAAAAGACGAUCAGUCUUCAGUUCAGGACAUCCAGGGUUUGAUGUUUAUGAUCGGUUGCGAAAUCAUUUUUACAUCAUCCUAUGCAGUAAUUUACGAGUUUCCUUCAACUUUGCCUUUAAUACGUAGGGAAUUGGGAGAAAGCAUAUACACACUUUCCGCAUAUUACACAGCACAAUUUUUACGGCGGAUACCACAAGCUACUACGCAGUCAUUUUCCUUCGUAAUUGUUGUGAUUGCCAUCACAAAUAUCACCAACGAUUAUUUUGUAUACUUACGAAUGGGGCUCAUUCUUACCAUGACAUCGAUGGCUGCGAUCUCUUAUGGACUUUUUCUGUCAAGCCUGUUUGAAUCUAGCCGCAUAGCUUCGGAGAUUGCUGCCCUCUUCGACUUAGUUUUUCUGCUAUUUGGAGGAUAUUAUCUAAAUCUCAGCUCAAUUCCGAUUCUUAAAUAUUUCUCUUUGUUUUUUUAUUGCUAUGAAGCUCUAUCUUUCGAUUAUUGGCAUGGUAUUCAAGUUUUAGAUUGUUCCACCAAAGCUGAAUUUCAAUGUCUACAGAAUGGGGAUGAGGUUCUGCGGAAUUUCUCACUUAGAACGAUUCCACAGACGGAAUUACUCGAUUAUGUCGGACUUAUCAUGAUCAGUUUGUUAAUGAAUAGCCUUGCUCUAAUUUGCGUUGCUAGAUACGUGCGAAAAGUAGGAUAUUACUAAGUCCCUUGCUGAAUUGUACGACAUUUAUAACUUUUUCCCCUUUGCUGUAUUCAAAUAAAAAUGAUUACUUGAAGUACA